AUGGAAGCUUGUCACUCUCCACAGCAAUCCAAUGUCACUACGUAUGGGGAUGCAACUUUGGCCAUCAUCAGCCUGGAGGCAUUUGCUGGCAUGUGGAUAAAUGCUUUCAUGGUUUGUGUGCUUUGCAUUGGCUGGGUCAACAAGAAAACCCUGAACUCUAAUGAGAAGAUCUUGCUGCUCCUGGGAUGCUCCAGGUUUUGGUAUUUAGGCAUCUCAUGGGUAUAUUCUUUUCUUUUAAUCAUAAAUCCCUAUUGCUUUUGUGUUCCUCUCCUACUUGAAUCUCUUGCAGGUAUUCAAAGCUUUUUUGAUUGUUCAAACAUAUGGAUUUCAGCCUGUCUUUGUGUUUUUUACUGUAUAAAAAUUGCCAAUUUCAGGAACAGCUUUUUCAUCUACCUUAAAGUAAAACUGGAUAAGAUUGUGCCAUGGCUCAUGUUAGGAUCUAUGCUUUUGGCUUUUAUUUUCAGCAUUCUUGUCUACCACAUCUCUAAUGAAACACAGUGUAACAAUCACAAUUACAGCAGUCAAGGAUAUUAUCUGAAACACAUUAUCAGAGUGGAUGAACAUUUGCUGCCUAUUGUUUUCGUCAUAGGAUUUGUAUUUUCCAUUUCAUUAACAGCAGUCAUCUUUUCUGCUCUUUUCCUUCUCUUUUCACUCUGGAGACACAAAUGCAAGAUGCAGACAAACUCCAUGAACAGCCUCAGCAUGGAUGCUCACAUCAAAGCCGUGAAAUCUAUUCUCUCCUUCUUAGUGAUGUACAGCAUCAACUUUCUAUUUUUUAUUUUGACACUGAUUUAUGCAAGGAAGAAAGAAAAUCAUGUGGCUUUUCUUAUUUUUGUAUUUCUGUAUGCUUUCCCAGGUGUUCAUUCCCUUAUUCUGAUUUUCAGCAAUCCUGUGAUGGGAAAGGCACUCGUAAGGAUUCUAUCCUGUGUCAAGUGCAAGGUUUGCAUGAGGUAG